AUGCCUCUGGCUGGAAAAAUAGUGCAAAGUGUGUUUCUAGGAGAGUGGGACGUAACACAAUGCAACGUCCAGGAAGAGUCCAGGCAAGCUGAAGACCGGCCAGAUACUACCUCGGCUGAACACAAACUCCAUGAAAUUCCCCUCCAGGAUGAGCGCACAAGGGGCACUGUGGCUUCAGGGAGGCAGACUAUCAGGAAGCAGGGCAAGCUCAAGGAAAUUACCAGCCCACACGAGGGCAUCCAGAGUAGCUGCUCGGGACACCACAAUAUGAGACAGCAACAAAAGCUCCAAGAUGCUCCCCACCAAAGUGGCUCUUCAGGGCAACGUAGCAGAAGAGAAGGAAACGGACCACCCCAGGACUGCCCAAGUGAGAGCAGCCAGAGUUGCUCUGCAGGGAACUCCGACCCCAAAUGCCACAAAACCCAGGAGCUUUCCAGCGAAUGCCAAGACACAGAGAGUAAAAACCCCUAUGCUGGCCUAGUGCAUUGCUUACGUGCCACCUGGCUGACAGGAAAGACACGUCCUAUGGAGUAUCGGGUAAAACAGCUGGAGGCCCUGUGCCACUUUCUGGACGAAAGGCAUGCCGAUAUCCAGCGUGCUCUUUGUGCAGACCUACGCAAGUAUGGACAUCAAUGGUGCAUCUCAUUUUAUCUUUCUUCUCCACAGCCCUGCUUUGAAACUGAGCUUACUGAGAUUCUCUUAGUCAGAAAUGAACUGGCUAACACUCUGAACAACUUAAGCAGCUGGAUGAAGGAUGAAUAUGUGGACAAGAACCUCUUCACACAACUGGAUCGUGCCUUCAUUCGCAAGGAGCCAUUUGGGGUGGCGCUGAUCAUUGGAGACUUUGGCUACCCUAUCCAUGUUACUUUGAUACCCCUGGUGGGGGCCAUCGCAGCUGGGAACUGCGUGAUUCUCAAACCUUCAGAGGUGAGCAGCCACACUGAGAGGCUCCUUGCAGAAGCACUGCCUUGUUAUCUCGAUUCGGAAACCUUUGCUGUGGUGACAGCUGGUCCUGAAGAAACGGGAAAAUUACUGGAAAAUAAGUUUGAUUAUAUCUUCUUUACAGGGAAUAACCGUGCAGGAAAGAUCGUCAUGACUGCUGCAGUGAAACAUCUAAAACCGUUGACUAUGGAGCUGGGGGGUAAAAAUCCCUGUUAUGUGGAUCACUACUGCAAUUUCCAGAAUGCAGCCAACCGAAUUGUAUGGGGAAAAUUCAUUAAUGCUGGACAGACAUGCAUUGCACCAGAUUAUGUGAUCUGCACAGUUGAAACACAGGAGAGGUUGAUGCCUUGCCUGCGCCACACUAUCCGCGAAUUCUAUGGCACUGAUCCCAAGGAGUCACCCGAUUUUGGCCGCAUGGUCAAUGACAAGCAUUUCCAGCGCAUCCAAGCUUUGCUGAAAUGUGGCCGGGUGGCCAUUGGUGGAGAGACUGAUGAGUGUGACCGUUAUAUUGCUCCCACAGUGAUGGUGGAUGUGAAGGAAUGGGAGCCAAUCAUGCAAGAGGAGGUUUUUGGGCCCAUCCUGCCCAUUUUCACUGUGAAAGAUUUGGAGGAGGCCAUCCAAUUCAUCAAUUGCAGAGAACGCCCACUAGCUGCCUAUGCCUUCUCCUGUGACGACAAGGUUGUGAAUCAUGUUCUGGAUAGUGUUAGCAGUGGCGGCUUUUGCGGCAAUGAUACCGUGACACACACAACAUUGCUUUCCCUACCAUUUGGUGGCAUUGGACUCAGUGGAUUUGGCAAGUACCAUGGCAAGUUUACUUUCGACACAUUUACUCACUUUCGCGGCUGUCUUUUGCGCUGCAUGGGCCUGGAGGCUAUCAACAAAGUGCGUUACCCACCAUACGACGAUAAAAAAUUGGGAGUAGUGGUGUCUGCUUUGGAGAUCAAGCGCAGGGGCAUGUGCACUUUGCUGUGAGGCCUUGAAUCACAUCACCUGUGUCCUUGAGGAACCUCUACCAGGAAUUCUGCUGUCGUUGAGAGACUUUUUUUCCUUCAUCAGCUGGUCCUGGAAUUUUGCCUCAUCACCUACAAAGAUCCUUGAAAAACACUCUCUGGUCUGACAAACCUCGUUUUCACAUCUUUGCUCCUUAUAUCUUUUCUUUCUCCUAUACCAGCUUAUAUAAAUUCAACACUUAGUAGUGGUUAGAAAACUUAGGCAAUACCCUCCAAUUCUCUUUGCACAGUUGUUGGGUAUAGAACAUAUCCUCAAUUCCAGUAAGGACUAAUUAUACAAUUAAGUAAAGAUUAUGUGUAAAAUUUUACCUUCAUUUUAUCACAUAAAGGCUAUUCUGUUUUAAAAUCUACACGAAUCAGAUUCUUUGUUAAAAAUGGAGAGGUUCAG